AUGGUAGUUUUUUUAUUUCCCGAAGACCCAGCAGAAGGAACCCUCGAAAUUGUUGCAGAAACCCUCCAGCAGCUGAAGGCGCUAGCAGAGGAAGAAGAGGCAAAGGACCCGCCUGAUGAGUUUUUUCCUUCUCUGCUUAGAGAGAAGCAAAGCGAAUUGGAGGCAGCAGCAGCAGCAGCAGCAGCAGCAGCAGCAGCAAGAAAGGAGCUGGAGCAGCAGCAGCUGCUGCUGCGACAGCAGCAGCAGCAGCAGCACACAAAAGGCAAAGGACCCGUUCCAACAUCAAGCGUCUAG